AUGUCAAAUAGACACGACAGUCUUUAUAAUAAUGUUUCCAGGCCAUUAGAAUCAGAAUCACUAAUCUCUGGUAGUUUUAGUCCUGCCAUUGAGGAAUUUGAAGCAAAAGUAGCGGAUACAUUAACAUCUGUUUUCACUGCCGCAGAUAGCAAGGUAAAGGCUUCAAGUGCCGAACUACAGAAUAUUUUUCAGGAUUUAUCCUCGAUGCGCAUGGACAGUUCCCGUAUGUGUCGCUCGCAUGAAGGCAGUGCCAGAAGCCACUCUACGCUAUCUCAGUCAUCGAUUGGUGCAUGUGCAUUGCCUAAAAGCCAAGUUCAACAUAUUUUACGUGCACCGCGUACGAUACAACCCACUGCUUCACAGGACAUACCUCUGGCUAUUUUAGAGCGCAUGGCCUAUGACACAGCAGCUUCAACACUGAACUUUCGUGGGGUCUCUUCGUUUUCGGUUACACCACCUUCCUUAGGUUUGAAUUCCGAUAGGGUAGUAUUGGAGCGAGGCACUCAUGAGAAUCAACACCGAAUGUCUUUUUCACCAGAACAAUCCAACCGUAUGGCUGCAGCGAGCUUGGCAGUAUCACUAGGGGCUGAAGCACCACUUACUGUUAUCUCCCCUGCCUUAUCGCAUGAUCAUAUCUCCGGACUAAGCACGUCCAAAAGUAGUGAUGCUCCAGUUAAAGGUGCGCUGAUGACGUGUCUUGAACACGUUAUUAAUGGAAAUUGUACCGAUGAAAUUGACACUCGAUCUCUCACGAGACAUGACAGAGACACGUUUGGUAAUAAAUUUGAAUCGCGCUUUACUGAAACAGUUUUUAAUUGUAAACAAUUGUUAGAGUCUAGGAACGAUGGCUUGAAUACCAUAUCAUUGGAAAAUGCACAUAUCAGCUCAGAAAAGUUAAGCAAGCGACAAAUAUUAUCUGAUACUCACUCAAUCAGGUUGUCGGUACCCGAGUUAUUAGAUGCAACAAAGCGGCAUGAGCCAUUAUGUGAAAUGUUGUCACCAGGUCGUUACUAUAGUGAAAAAUGUCUAGAAGACGAGGGCGAAGGUUGUCGUGACCUUCAUGAAGUUCUUUUAGGGAAGCCAACAGAUACGCCUCGCUUAAGUUUUUCGAAAUCAAAAGAAGUACACAAUUCUGAUAGGCUUAUACCCCCAGGUAUACGGGUUCAUUGCCCUACCUUCCACCCAGUGACACCGACACCCACACAGUGUAGGGACUUGUAUGGCACUCACCAUUGUGCAUGCAUAGAAAGGAAUAACGCUAUGACAGCGUGUGCAUUCAAUAAUUCAAAACGUGGAAGAGAGGUGACAAGCAUAGGUGUUACUCCCGAGGGUGCAUCAACGGGUACAAUAUCAUUGUCGCUUGCUCACCAUAAGGACACUUCUUCAGUACAAAUGGAGCCGUUUCAAACAUGGUCUUUUCCUACUCUCUUUAAGACAGUUUCCUCAUGUUUUCAGAGUCCUUUAGAUGAUCCCCUUACUAUAAACACUAACGGCGAUGCACAUGAGUGUUUUCCUGUAGAUGGAGAGGGUAACAUGAUCAGGAAGGAGGGAAGAGGUUUGAGUUUAGGCUUAAAUCACUCACCUCGGGUUAAAAUUCAACCAGACUUUACCUGCACGGAUGAACAAUCGGGUUCUUUUUCUAUCCGAUUAGAAGCCACGCGGAACACGUGGUCGAAGUUGUCUCGAAUUCACAACGAGCUUGCUGGGACAAGUCACCGUAGUGACGAAGAAAUUCAGGAUGCAAAUCAACAGCUCUUGCUUCGGCCUAUUGGCAACUUGCAGCGCCAAGGGCACGAUACGGGGUCACUUCCUUUUGGCACGAAAGAUAACAUUGAGUUCCUCCGCGCGUGGGAAAUGGUUUACAGUGCAUAUAUGCGGAACUGUUCUACGCAUUUUGGAUGUAGCAAGAUAAUUAACAGCUACGAGGAUUAUACAUCCUUUGAUAGCAGUAGAGCAUGCCAAGAUUCUGGACUUGGCGCUGGCAACUUUUUUCAGAAGAACUUUCAAGGUACUAAUAGCUUCGACUCACAUAAGCAUGCAUGUUCUUACAGCAUCCCCACUCCCUCCAUGUCAGUGUCCGGCGCUCUUAGUCGUUCAUCCGGGUAUUACAGCUUUGGGAAUCGCCUUAGUUUGCACCACCCAAACUAUCAGAAGAUGGGGUUUAUUCCGCAGUAUCUUGGUAGCUUUUUUCAUACGCAAACUCCCUCUCAGAGUCCCAGCGCACGCACUACAAAGGAAAGACAAUAUACCAAUGUGAAGAUGCAACAUCAAGAAAAAUCACACAUGAUCAUGGAUCCUGCCGUGGUGGCAAGUAUUCAGAGGCGACCUCUGUUGUUGACGACUGUUUUUUUACGCUAUGCAUGGAUACUUUUAGGCAAAUCGAGCCGUUCUGGUGGGGAUACAAACGAUGUGGCGGAGAGCUGCUCAGAACAUCUUCCAUCAACUGCCAAUGUUAAUGGUGGACCUUCAUGUAUUCCCGAAAGUUCCACACAAACCAAUCAACUUCAUAAUACGUUUUCUAAUAAUUAUUGUACCGGCCCCACCCCUAGAAGGAAUAGCAGCAGUAACCUAUCUUUGUCCUUAACUGUCCCUAAUGAUAAGAUUGAAAAAGCGAUUGAAGCAAACACUUCGGUUCAAAAUAUUUUAACCCCAAAUCAUUAUCCAUUGGUACACGUCUGUGAAAUCUCAAACGAGAAGAAGAUUGAAUUUCCUAUUAAUGACGUUGAAUCAAAGUUAUUGACUCGUGAAGUAGCGGCCGAUUCAAGCGAUUUCCACCGAGAAGCUAUUUCUCCACAGCAUUCUUCACCCCGAAGUAGUACGCAGAACGUGUUUCGCAUCACAAGCCCCUCUUUUCAGGAGCAACAUCGCCUCUCAUUGACUCAGUUCAAGAAGAUUGUACGUCAUCAACAUUCUAUUGAUAACUUUGAACGUGAAGUAGAUAACGAAUCAAACGACCUGAUAGUCUAUGUUGGAACACGAUUGAUGGGGUGGCUUGAAGUGGUAGCUCUAUUGGGCAGCGGCAGCUUUGGCCAGGUGUUUUUAUGUAUAGACUUGCGCGUGAGUAGUGGUCGUUUUGUUCACCCGAGUGCGAUAGGCGGGGAGGACUUCGCAUAUUGGAGCUGUAGCCAUGAAUAUCUUCCUCUAGGUGAUUGUGACAUCCCACCUGCGCAUUUCCCGCUCGUGGCAGUCAAGGUAGUGAAAAGCAUUCCACUCUUCGAGCACCAGUCUGUUUUGGAGGCAGAGAUGCUCGUACUGAUUGGCGUCCAGACAGCCUCAAAUGAUUCCUUUGAAGCUGCUUCUCCAAUGUCACGGACACAGAGCUUUGCUUUUCACCCACCGCCAUCGGACCCGCGAUGUACGUUUGUUGGCAAAAUUCUAGCACACGGUGUUUGCUACGGGCAUCAUUGCAUCGUGAUGGAGCGCUACGGUGCCAAUCUGUAUGAGUACAUUCAAAGCCACCAACAUAACGGCCUUCCCAUGUACCAAAUUCGUUCUAUCGCUAAGCAAUUACUGUCAGCCUUGACCCUUUUGCACGAGAACUGUCGCAUCAUUCACGCUGAUAUCAAACCAGAGAAUCUAUUGCUCACCCUUGACUCUUGCCGGGGCAUGCACAGCAACAAUCACAUGCAGCAGAAUAGAGCUAAAUUGACGCGCAGUGUGACACCUGCCACCACAGAAGUUUUAAACACUGGACAAUAUACCGCGGACUUUUUAAACACGCACAACGAUGAAGAAUCACAUUACUUUCGUGGGAAAUCAGUGACAUCUAACGUAGAAUGCUCCUCCACUCCCCCAAGCGCUGCCAACUUAAAGGCAAGGUCUGAUGAUGCCGCAGUACCUAGUAUGCAUUGUUUAGUUUGUAGUUAUGUAGACGCAAGCACGCUGUCAGAGCCUCUCACAGUGCGAAGUCUUAAGCGACGAUCAAGAACUCAGAGUGCCGAGCGAACAUGCGUUGUUGAGCCAAAGCUGCAACAGCUUCAUGACCUUAAUCACACUCUUUCUCUGAAUCAGUCAACAUCAGACAGCGUUCUAAAUGCUACAAAAUUACCUGUUGACUCAUUACUGUGUUCAAGUUCCCUUGAGACAUCUAUGCACGAUACUACUUCAUUUAAUAUACCGCAACUGCACAUCAAGCUCAUUGACUUCAGUUCUAGUUGCUAUGAUGCAGGCCCUUUCUAUUCAUAUAUCCAGUCGCGUUAUUACCGCGCCCCUGAAAUCAUUGUAAACGCAAGCUAUGGACCCCCUAUUGACCUUUGGUCCACAGGUUGUGUGUUAGUUGAGUUGCUCCUUGGCAUGCCGCUUCUUCCAGGGUGCAAUGAUCAUCAUCAGUUGACUUUGAUAGAAGAGAUGGUGGGCCCUCUUCCCGCAUCUCUGCUUGAAUGCGGUGAUUCUACACAUAUAUAUUAUGAUAAGCACUCUGUUGAAGACGUCAAUAGUCACGGGGCCCUCCCUGAAGACGGACCAACCUGCAGCAGAUCUACAACAGCAGAAACUUCUCAAGCAUGGAAGAAAGCUAAAACAGGGCAACACGUUGACCGACCUACACAUGACACCACUUACAGCUAUAAAUUGGUCAGCAAGGAUGAUUUUUUUACGAAGAACAAUCUUCCUAUAGUGGAGUAUAAACGCUACUUUACCUGCAAGACACUACAGGAGUUAGUGCGGCAAUGUCCUUUACCUUUAGCAGAGAAGCGCAUGGGUCAUGGGUUGCAACCUUAUGUGUCAUCAGGUGAAUCAAGUGAUAUUCCAUCAGAUUCAAAACUUUCUGAGACGGUGUGUAAUGAGUUAAUGAGGCAGCGCUUUUGGCUCUAUGAUUUGCUUCGUAAGUUACUAAACCCUGAUCCACAGAUGCGCCUGACUGCUGCACAGGCGCUUUUACAUCCAUUUAUAUCAAGCGAUUUAGCACAUAUGCAGCAGUUCGGUCUAGAGUAA